AGAGCGGGGCGGCGGCGGAGCGCGGCGGCGGUGGAGGAGGAGAGGCAGGAGAGGCGGCCGGGAGGGGCCGAGCGCCUCGGAGGGGCCGCCGAGCGAGUGGAGCGAGCCCCGGGCCUCCCGCAACCGCGGCCGUUGCGGAGCGCCCUGCCUGCGGCCCCAACAUGGACGAAGAGGGCGGCGGAGGCGGCGGAGUGCCUGAUGACCUCUCGAUUGAAGAAAGAGAAGAGCUUUUAAAUAUUCGUCGCAGGAAAAAAGAACUUAUUGAUGAUAUUGAGAGAUUAAAAUUUGAAAUUGCUGAGGUUAUGACAGAAAUUGAUAAUCUGACUAGUGUAGAAGAAAGCAAAACUACACAGAGAAAUAAGCAAAUAGCCAUGGGAAGGAAGAAAUUCAACAUGGACCCUAAGAAGGGAAUACAGUUUCUGAUAGAAAAUGACCUCCUGCAGAACACUGCAGAAGACAUUGCACAGUUCCUUUAUAAAGGAGAAGGAUUAAAUAAAACGGUAAUUGGAGAUUACCUCGGUGAAAGAGAUGAAUUUAAUAUUAAAGUUCUUCAGGCUUUUGUUGAACUCCAUGAGUUCGCUGAUCUCAAUCUUGUACAAGCCUUAAGGCAGUUUUUGUGGAGCUUCAGACUCCCAGGAGAGGCUCAAAAAAUUGAUCGUAUGAUGGAAGCUUUUGCUUCACGCUAUUGCCUUUGUAACCCCGGAGUCUUCCAGUCUACAGAUACAUGCUAUGUGCUUUCAUUUGCCAUCAUUAUGUUAAAUACCAGUCUGCACAACCACAAUGUAAGAGAUAAACCAACAGUAGAGAGGUUUAUUUCUAUGAAUCGUGGCAUUAAUGAAGGUGGAGACCUUCCAGAAGAAUUACUACGGAAUUUGUAUGAAAGUAUUAAGAAUGAGCCGUUUAAAAUUCCAGAGGAUGAUGGGAAUGAUCUAACGCAUACAUUUUUUAAUCCAGAUAGAGAAGGUUGGCUGCUGAAAUUAGGGGGAAGAGUGAAAACAUGGAAACGGAGAUGGUUUAUUCUGACUGAUAAUUGCCUGUACUACUUUGAAUACACAACAGACAAAGAACCUAGAGGAAUUAUUCCAUUAGAAAAUCUUAGCAUAAGAGAAGUUGAAGACCCUAGAAAACCAAACUGCUUUGAACUCUAUAACCCCAGUCAUAAAGGUCAGGUAAUUAAAGCAUGUAAAACUGAAGCUGAUGGCAGAGUGGUGGAAGGGAACCAUGUCGUGUAUAGAAUAUCUGCUCCCACCCCAGAGGAAAAGGAAGAGUGGAUUAAAUCGAUCAAAGCAAGCAUCAGCAGGGAUCCCUUCUAUGAUAUGCUGGCAACAAGGAAACGAAGAAUUGCAAAUAAGAAAUAAAACAUGAUCAGCAACUUGUACACCUGCAUCAACCUAUAAAUGAGCAUGUGGUUGAGUGAUAAAGUAAAAAUUGGACAAACUAAAUGAAGAUAAUGACUGUACAUUUUAGAAAUACAUACACUUUACUAUUACAUGAAAAAUUGGCAAGACCUUUUCAGAGUAAAUAUUUAUGGGCAUAAAAUUUGAAGCAAGCUUCAAAUCCCAGUGGAUGAUUAUUGGAACUUAAUUCAACUGAAAACAUGGAAGCCUUGUUUUCACUUAGUUACAACUCCAGUUUACUUGGGUUGGGAGAGAAGGAAUUUGAGGCUAAUAACGCUAUACUACUUAUUUGUGCGCUUUUCCCAUAAAAGGAGGAGUGGCUGAAAGACUUGCAUCUCUUGCUAAAAUGCAUCACCAAAAUUACAGUACAGUAUGAUCUAGCACUUAAAAUUUUUUGGGCAUAGAAAAUCCACAGUCUCAGUAUGACUUUUCAAGUCUUGUGUGUUUCACAGUAAAUGAUCAACAGCUGAAUGCAGCUUUCAUUUAGGAUUCACUCCUACCUUUAUGGAAAUAGCUUUUCCUUUCCUUCAGAAAUGCAACUCAGCAGUAGACUGUCAGCUACAUAGUUAACUAGUUAUGCCAAAGGGCUUGGUUGAUCUGCACUGAAAUAUGUGCAGGUCCAAGCAACAAAGGUUUGAGCCUGGAGACACUGCGCUAGGCACGGGUGUGGAGCGGAGUUUGCCAGCAGGAUCAAACUCAUUCCUGCCUGCUCGUUCACUCACGAGCAGCAGUAAGAUUUGACAACUGCGAUAAUCUGCUUUUUAUUCAGCAAAACCUCUCUGAUGUUUUAGAUUUGUUGUGGUUUAAGCAACACUAAGUUACUAGGAAAGGGGUAAGAUGACAGGGCUGGCGUGAGUUUAGGCUUUGCGUGUGAAAACACCCCGAACAUGUUCACAUGCAUUUGAUGUUUUUAAACGGGAAAUCCAGGAGGGUGACACCUUCCUGUAAGACACAGCCCUAGAUAGGAUUAAUCCAAGCAGGAUUCAUCCUUUUUGUUGCAUUCUUAACGGGGAUUUUUCGGAUCUGUGCUUCAGCAGUUGAAACUGAAACCACGAAUCGACAGCCGGUUUUUUCUUAACAAAUGAAACCUUCCCCAUCGAUUACCUGGUGCAACUAAGCUCCCCUACAAGCACAAACCUUUUAUUUUUGCUGUUAAAUUUGUGGCAGAUCUUUCUGUGGUCCUGCUGAUGUUCUCCCGGUAACAUGUAAACUGCUCUGCCAGAUUUUGCUGCAGCGCUUUCCUGUGGGGAGCGCACGUACCAUUCUUAAGGUAAAGCCCCUAAUUCCACGGUGGGGGCAAAAAAUCUUUUUUUGGACCUUACUGCUUCUGUUCAUACUCACUUUUUCACCAACUUGUUGAACCUGAGCCGUGCCUACUGUGCCAAUGAAUGCUUUGGAGACCCAAUACUUUGUCAAAGCUAUUUUGCUUGUUUGAGUUACAGAAGCAUCUCUGGCUACAUUAUAGGCAAAUGUGAUGCAUUAGCAAAGUAUAUUUUGUAUCUCCCUUAAACUGUAAGGGAGAGUCUGUUUCAUUGCUCCGUCUUACUAAUUUGUCCUUCUUUUUCAUGGGGUGUCAGCCUGUGAGUGUUCUGCUUUAUUGCAUGUUGGCAAAAAAGGCUGAGAGGAAAAGAACAAAGGAAACUUCUUUACGCCUAGAUUGUCCCUAGUGUGUGGAAUUGAAGUCUGCUUGGAUGACCAUUCAAAUCCAAGUACUUUCAAGGGAGUCAAACCACCAAAUGAGGUAGCAGCCUCAAGUAAGUGUUAGUGUGUGAACAUCUUUGCUUAAUGGAACACAUUUAAACUCUUCAUAGAAAAGACUUGAACUGUAUGUCCUGUGUUUGCAAAGCAGCACGAUGACAGGGCUGGGUUUGGGUCUUCUGCUCGGCAGCUUCCAGUUCUGUUUUCGAGCAAGGCAAGUGUCAGGUUGAGCUUUGGGCAAGCAGAUUUGUAAUGCCAGCAGUGAUGCACCAGAACCAGUGGUACUGAGGAGUGUCAAGGUGAAAAGCAGCAAAUAAAGUAUUGAUGGAGAAAUGUCAGAUUACAAAAGCAUGAAUAAGCCAUGAAGCACUUUGGUGUCAGUUCUUAUCUUCUGAGAUGCCACCUUCAAAGAAAAUCUCCUUCUUUAACUGGGUGAAGAUGUCUGCAGUAAGCACGAAGGAGACGCCUUGAGAGUUCGUUUGCUGUAUUCAGUUUGAAGUUCAUAUAACCAGCAGAAGUAAUUAUUCAGAGUAACAUGUAACUGAGGUAUUAGAGCCAGAAAUAGAUUAUUUCUCAGCAUUAAAUGCAGCGUCGUUAGCAGCUCUUUGUGGUGCUCAAUAUAUGUAUUUAAUUUACCAAAGCUAAUGGAAGAGCAUUCUUGUUUGUGAGAUUUGGUUUCAAAUGUUCCUUGUAACAGUGUUAACAGGGAGUGAAACUGGCCUGGAAUUUCCACUGGCCACGAGGCCAGUAAAACAAAGUGGCUUGUGAAAAUUUGGGCCAAAUCAGGUACUAUCCAGGAGGGGGAAUCAAAAUCUCUCAACCUUUCCCUUGCUUUGAAUGGGCUUCAAGCCCAGGGGUGGCUACUCAGACUCGCUGCUCGGUGGCCUGCAGCAGUGUCUGUUAGGGCUCAGCCAGGCUAAAGAGAAGUCCUCUGGGCACAGCAGACUUCUCCCUUCCUGUUGCACAGAAACUUGUGUAGUUUUUCACCUCUUUGUUUCUCGCAUGGCCCCUUCCAGCAUCUGAGGCCAGCAAAAGAGCCACUGCUGCUCCUGCCACAGGAGGGGCUUUGCUCAGCGUCCAACCCAGGGGCCUCUAACAUCAGCCCUGCUGCCAGUGCAGCUGAGGGAGAGAAGUGUCUGUAAUACUUGAGCUCAGCUGGACUGACUUAGAUUUUACCAUAUGCUGAUAAAACAAGCUGUCACUUCACAUUUUGAACCAUUUUAAACUGGUACAAAAACCAAACCUUGUCAACUAAACAGCAUUUCUAAUGCUUCCUGUAUGAAAACAAUGCAUAUUUUUAAGAGUUAUUACAUAUCUAUGUAGAUAUGCUUGCUGGAAAAGCUCGGUCUGUUGUAGACCAAAUGCUACAAAUCGAGACUUGUGGCUUACCAAUUGCUCUAUUUUCUUGGAAAAUGUUUCUAGCUAGAGUUUAAAUACCAAAUGUAAAUAUUGUACAGAUAUGUAUUGAAACAAGUAUUACUUGGUGUACACCAGUGGUUUGCAUGACAAAUGCUCCGUAUCAAUCAUUGGUAAAGAUGUGAUGUUCUCUGUAAAUCCACUGCAAUAUUAAUGUUUCCAUUUAUCAUUAUGACCUGUUGCUUAAGUCUGGAGAUUUUCACAACAAUAAAGUGUCAAGCUAU